AUGGUCUUGGAGCAAUUUGAACACCAGAUCAAUCACAAUGGUGCCUCAGCAGUUACACAAUCUCUGGCGUCAAGGCCCACUGUGGUCCGCAAGAAAUUUGCAAAGCCCCCAGUCAAGGUAGCUUGUUUAGCUUGUCGUGCCUCGAGGACACGCUGUGAUGGCCAGGAUCCUUGCAAUAACUGUCUCAGCAAGAAAAGGAAAUGCUCCUAUCUGCCCAGCAAGCGCGGGGGCCCAAGGCAAAAGAAAAAGCCUCCUGUUCUCGCAGAAGACACCGUUCGACAGGAUGGCGUGAAUCAUCAAGCCAUCGCACCUAUUUCCCCAGACUUUGAUGAUUGUAUGUCGAGUCAAUCAUCUCCUCUAAAUUCAGCUAACUCAAAGACAGCGGCGGCGAUAUUCGGUCAGAUCGAUGUGCUUUCCGCCCCAGGCGCUGGACUGAGAAGCCUUGAUUUCUCGUCUGAUGUACAAUCCAUGUUUGCCGGGCUAUUUGUCCCAAAUGAUGAUUCCAGCUCACACGCACAAAUGGAACCAACUCCGUCAUCAUCCAGUACAUCGUUACAGACAGUAGUAAGGACCUACGGCAGUGAGCACCAAAUAUUGAAUGCCUACUAUGACUUUGUUCACGACUACUUUCCAAUCCUUCCGCCAAGAACAGCCCCUCCAAUCGUUGAUUAUCCUCUAGAGGGCGCUGGCUCCUUUACAGAAUCUCCAUCCGAAGAGCCGGUGCUUGUAUAUCGCCCUCGCUCUCCGCUCAGCCUGGCAAUCUCCGCCGUCUUAGCAUUAGUGCCCCAUCCGAAUGACCCAGAGCCCUUAUCGCCGAGUUCGAUUAUUCGACGCCGGACAUAUGCACACACCUUCGCGCAACUAGCCACUUCAAGCAUUGAAUCCGACUGUGAGCUUCAUGCUUCGUCAACGAAAGCCUCGGAGGCCUUGUCAAAUGCUCGUCCGCUCAUUGAUCGAGAGUCGUUCCAUCCACAAGCCCCUGUGGAGUUAGAGAGCAUUCUUGCACUACUAGUUCUUGCAGUCUAUGAAUACACGCAACGUGGAAACCUUUUGAAAAUGAGACUACGUGCGGACCAAGCGUUAGCGAUAGCACUAGAUAUGUCUCUACAGUCUCUAGGCAAUGAGUAUGAUGGAUUCGCGGAAGCUCGAAGAAGAGCAUGGUGGAUGACGUAUUACUGCGUCCUACAGGUUUCGAUUGUGAGCACGACGCCUCUUUCGAUUAUAGCAAACAACCCACAAUUCACAACUCCAUAUCCACGAUUUCCCGCUGACCCGGAUGGCUGGUCUGUCCUUAUGCAAUCACAACAAGUACUGGUCUCUGCAACUCAAUAUGUCAUCGACCUUAAGGAAUGCAUUUCUACGAGGGCCGACAUGAGCUACAUCUACGAGCGCAUGCAGCAGCUUGACGCCUGGGCUAGCAAUGUGUUAGCACGGUCUAACGCACCGCCGCAACCUUCGCAACCUAUUUUUAAUGGGGCCAUGACAGAGCGUACUACCGCCCAGGGAAUCCGGGCUAUAUCGAGGAUAAAACUAUCGAGCGCACAGAUUAAAAUUCAUCGAUUCCGGGCAUUCUCAGAUAUUCCGAUCUUCCUCAAAAAACAUUGCGAUUUGACUGUGGCCAAUUCCAUCAAUUCGGUACCAAAAAGCGCUAGCAAGACCUCAGAGCGUUCCGAAGAGAUUUCGAACAUCGGCUGUUGCAGCAAGCUGGAUCAGUUCCAGCAGCGUUCGCCGAGCGAGUACACACCGUCAUCCACGUCUUCUUUGCCCUCAAAAUAUCAAGCCUUACCCCAGUACUCAUUCGUCAACGAGUUCCCAUACAGCUGCCCGCAUUCGGCAAGGGCUUGUCUGAAAGCAUCAUUGGUGAUCUCGCAGAUGUUUCAGAACUUACCUAUACCACAGCCGCUCACUGAGUCCGGCACUCCACCACAAGUACUGCAACUGUUACCGCAAAACCAAUAUCCUCGGACAAUGCCAUCUUUUGCAUGUUGCUUGAUGCAGGGUAGCUAUGCUUUGUUGAUGGUUUAUCACAAAACGAGGGUAGACAAUCUCGUACUGCCGGGUUUGGGAAGUGCCCAGGCCAGUCAUCCAUCCAAUCAGUUCAAUGAGGAGUUCCGACAAGCGCUGGAACGAAUAAUCGCCGCUGUAACCAACUAUGCCGUUUCUUCAGAGGCAUUAAAUGGGAUGAAAGGAGAUCGAGGGAGCAUAUCAGACGACGUUUGA